GUAACCACUCAUUAUUAUAAAAUAUAUAAAUUUUACUCACAGAUAGGUUAGACAAAAACUCAUAUAAUGGGUGAGAACGAACCUCAGUUCCUGCCUGUAUUUACUGGCACUUACGGGGAACCCUUCGCAUUCUCAAUGUACGACUGCCCAGAAAAGCCUAGAAUCAAGGCCCUCAUUGAGGGACAUGGUGGUGUAAUGAUGCCUUCACCUUAUGGUCCUCACACCAUUCAUCUUGGUAUCCCAGACAGAAUUACCAUCAGCCAAAGACCAACCUUUUCCUCCCGUUAUAUAGAGGACUGUGUUGCGAUUGAUGACUUUUUGAAUCUAAAGGAUUACAGAAUUGAUCAAGGCCCUCCAUAUGAUGCACAGAAAAUGCUGCGAGUGAUGCUAGGGGAGAUGACAUGGGAGGAAGUAAUUCCUAUUCAAUGUUGCAUUCCACCACCACCACCACGACCUGAUCGGUCGUCCUCGUCCUCCUCAUCUUCUGAUGACGAGAGCAGCUCUGUGAAUAACUCAAAGCAAGUAAAAGUAGUAUUCAGCAAGCGUCGCGACUAUUCUAAUGAAGACCGCGAGAAUAUCGUCAAGUUUAUUCUGCACAACGAUCUUGCUGAGGCGGUGCAUGGUCGCAAGAUGUGGGAGAAUAUGGCUGCUGCGAAGGUAUGCAGAGGAAGAAGAACGUGGCACAGCCUGAAGGAACAUUUCAAGAAGAAAAUCAUACCCGUUUACUUGGAGAACAUGAAGAUCACAUGGGAUGACAAGAUCAAGCUUGCUUCCAGGUUUUCUGGCGUUAAGCAACGUUUUUUGCAACUGAAAUCUGUAGCUGACCAAAACGCAAACCCAAAUACCGCCCAAAGAGAUGAAGUUUCCGUGCGUCCUAAAAUCCCGUCUUCCGUUUGCAAUGCCGGCUCACCUGCUUCUAUAUCUCUCAAGAGCCAAACUGAUGAAUCUCCUUCAAAGCGAGCAAUGCUCUCUCACUCGAUAGCUCCGUCAGUUUCUGAAGAGCCUUGUUCGUCUGAAGCUCGAGCUAGUGGCUCGAACUCUGCUCCCGAUGUGCCGAUCUCAACGAACGCAAUCCCCUCGUCUUCCCUUAUGUCGGAAUCUUUGCAAGAACCAGUAUCAUUCACUCGGGAUAGAAGCAUAACUGCCGAGACUGAAACGUCACCUGUUUUGAAUACGAGCCCGGAAAGGCUAAAUCCCAGUCCUUCCCUGCAAAAAUCAGUAUCAUCCACUCGGGAUAGAAGCAUAACUAUCGAGACUGAAAGGUCACAAGGUUUGAAUACAAGCCCGGAAAGGUUAAAUCCCAGACCUUCCCUUUUAGAACAAAUUCCAAGUUCUGAAGGUAUUGAAUCUGAGACCCACGACUUCAAUUCCUCCACGAAAGAUGGUCCAUGUAAUGACACUUACGAACAAGGGACAAUUGACCCUAAUCGUCAUUUGAUUGUAGAUGCAUCGCAAAAUGUAAAUUCCCAAGAAAUUCCUCCUGAGCUGGAUUGCACAUUUAUGUCUUCUUCUUCCAGCGAUUUGAAUGAUUCAGAAUCCAUGCUCAUUCACCAUCCAGAAUCAGGUCAUUCUCGUACUGAAGAACUAAUUACUUCUGCUACUAGAGCAGUUGAUAGCAAAGUGUGCAGUAGUGCGGAUAAGGAAACCCAUUCAGCAUGUGAAACUAUUUCAGCUGCUUCGAAUGAUUAUGUCACGACUGAUUGUGGUCCGUCUGAGUCUGUCACGGCUAAUUCAGCUGAAUUACCAGCUAAUCCCUUGCGGGAAUUUUCUGAUACUCCUUCGCCUCCGCCGCUGAGGGCACCGUCUGCAUCACCGGACAACGAAUCAUUUGCAGUGCAAGAAGAAGAUCUCAGCAACUGUAGUGACUAUAUUGUAAACGAAUCUUUUCAUGAGGAAUGUAGUGAGGAAAAUGCUGCAGAACUCUUUCCUGAAGUUCCGUCACGCAAAAUGCCUUAUUCUGAUGUCCAGGAAUCAGAGUUGCCACUUGAAUCAGCGUCGACUAUCGCGGCUCGUGCUAUGCCUUAUUAUUUGAAUGCUGCUUCUCCUUUAACCCAUUCUGUCGCGGAUGCUUCUGCUACGGCUGAUCCUGCUUCCGCUGAUCCUGCUACCGCUGAUUCUUCUACAGCCAAUUCUGUAACGGUUGCGUCUGUUGAUUAUUCUGCUGCAUGUUCUCCAAAAAAUGAUAUUUCUAACCUCAAAAGAUCUCAGGGAGCAGUUUCUUGUAUUAAUUGUGCCGAAAGGCCUGCGUUUACCAAUAGGGAAUGCCUUGCUAUGAUCGACGCUUCAACUAAUACUCAAAUUGAAUGGCCCUGUGAAAAUUUUCAGCGAGACCACACGACCUCAGUGCAGAUAGUAGACCGCGUUCCCAUUGUUGAAGAGCCCGCGCCCAUACAUAAUGCUAUAAUCCCUUCAGUAGAAUUAGCAGGUGGCUAUAUGAAUGCAGUGCAAGAAGAAGAGGAAGACGAAAUCGGCACUGAUAGCGAAAGUAUGGGAAACGAGUCUUGGGACGAAUUUGUUGAGAAACAUGCUGAAGAACUUUUCGAUGAAAUUCCUUCUCGCAGACCACCUGCUGCUGAGAGCCAGGAAUCUAGUAUUAUUUGUCCACCUUCGCUACAGUGCACACCGUACCCUGACUCGCAGUUUUCCGAGCAAUUACCGCAUGAAUUUGCGGAUCGAAAUAUCGGUGAAGAAGACCUCCACCCACUUGAGAGCCCAAAAAGUAAUGACGCGGAAGCUUCAACCCGUAACACAGAUGCUUUAAAUUCAUCAAUUGUAAUGCACAACGAAGAGCAUAACAAAAACAGUGACGUUUCAAGUGAAGAUCAUGGCAAGAAUCCUGUUGAUUCAGGUGAACCGGAAGCCACUCGUACGUCUUCUUAUUCUCCAGAUGUCGGAGAUAACGACCUCUCUGAUGCUCAGAAUCCUCAUUCUAAUAUAAUUUCUGAAAUAGUUCAGUCAGAGAAUCGUAAUUCAUCAGAGACUCCUAGUUAUCCUAUAAAUACUGAAAGUCAGAAUGUUUCGCUCUCCUCGCCAUCAAUUUUGUCUUCAGAACACAACGCACAGGGAGAUUUAGAUCAACCAAAUUCCAGAAGUUCUAAUUCAAACAUUUUAGGUGCAGUCUCCCCAUAUCGGGUGGGAAUUCCAUCUGUGUCAUUUUGUGAAACGCCUGCUGAAACAAGUUCAAGCUCUUCAUCUCCCGCUGUAUCAUUCACGAAGAAAAUUUGCAGGAGCUGGACUAACGAGUGUUCUAAUAAUCAUCUCGGUUCUGGAUCUUCAUCAGCCACCAGCACAGUCGAUGAAUUUCCUUCAUGCAGCGCUACCACCCAAGCUGUCCCGCAAUUUCUACCGGCAAGUCAUGCAAUUCCCAGCACUUCAAGGGCUGCGGACGAUUCUGAUUCCUCACUUGAAGAAUUGAGCCAAACCGAUUCUUCCGUCAAACUCAGUGUUGUUGCUGAUACAACUUCUGCUUCAACCUGGAAGCCGUCAAGUGAGAGCGGUUCUUCAGCAUCCAUCUCCUCAGUGCCGCGAGUCAAGAGGCGAAAAAGAUGGAGAAAAUUCACCAAACAAGAGGAUAUGCUAAUCCUUAAGUUUAUUCUUGAAACAGGACGACACAGAGAGGUUGGGGCGAAGAACAUGUGGAUGCACAUGGUGAGUGAGGAGAGGGGCCUGCGUCACCGGUCGUGGCACAGCGUCAAGGAGCGCUACAGGAAAAUCAUCAUCAACAACAUUGAAGAUUACGACAUUGAGCCCGACGAACGUGCCAGGCUUGAACCGGCCAAGCCACGCACGAGGAAGCACAGCCGUAACCGUGGCCCUUCCCAGUCAAGACGAAACCGAGAAUUUAAUCCGCCUGAAAAUCCUCAUUUGCAAUCUACAAGAAUUGACAGCAGUCAAUCUUGGCCUACAAGAAAAUCGAGUUUCUUCUCCAAAAUCGAGAGUGCCGGAGCCAUGGAUGAUCGUCGUCCUUUAGUGGUCAGUGACAGCAGCAGCAGCCAUGAAAAUGAUGCGGAUUUCCCCCGAAACUCCGCCGCUACGGCGCGCGAAAAAGAGCCCUUGAAUAUGGACUCCGUAAACGAUGGAACAAUGAGCGCCCUCCAACGGUCGAAUAUUCCAAAAAUUGGAGCAAAACAACCAGGAGCUGCAAAAGUUUCAGCACCUCCGCAAAAAACGCGUAAACGCGCGCUAUUUUCUUCGUCGCCUUCAAUACUAACCCCGAGUGGUCAGCCUGAAGAAACGCAAAGUGGAUUCAUUCCGCGUCUGAGGAAUUGUCAAUCCUCAAUUUCUGAACCUGCUACGCCAAACGUACGGAGAGGAACGCCACUGCUCAAAAGAAAGUCUUUGAAGAAGAAAAAGCUAUCCUAGAAAAAACUGGAAUAUCGAAACUGGACAACUUUUCAAAAGUGGACAAAACUGGAAAACUGGAAUAUAGGUUACUUUUAAUGGAAACGUUCUGUGAAAAUACAAUAAUAAUUUAAUUAGGAAUGGAUUUUCUUUCUCUAAAUGCCUUUCACCCUUUCAUUUUCUAAAAAUAUUCACUUCGGUUCUGGAGAAGACACUCGAGUGUUAUUCAAUUGUGUGCUGUCCAAAAUAUUUUUUGUUAAUAAUUUUGUUUUGGACUGAAAUCUUUAUUUUUUUUAGAAAAACAAUGGCCAUAUUCAGGCACGUGUUACCCGGAUUUAAAUUCAAGUGUCAAGUUUUCCUGUAGUUCCGACUAGUGUUAUUUGCUAAGGUUUUGUUGUUCAUGCUGCGGAAAUUUUAUACUGCUUUACUUUUCAUUUUAUUGCAAUGUGCCUGAUUAGUCAGUUUGAAGUUAUAAAUGGAAAUAAAGUUAUUAACUAGUUUAA